UUAGCGCACAAGAGGAUGCGGACCGUGACAAACUACUUUUUACUCAACUUGGCUUUCUCUGACGCCUUAAUGGCCGCGUUCAACACGUUGAUUAAUUUCAUAUACGCUGCUCACGGCAAUUGGUACUUUGGAGAAUCCUACUGCAAGUUCCACAACUUUUUCCCCGUCACAGCAGUGUUUUCAAGCAUCUAUUCAAUGUGCGCAAUAGCAGUCGACAGGUACAUGGCCAUCAUCCACCCGCUGAAGCCCCGGCUGUCGGCCACAGCCACCAAGGUGGUGAUCGUGUGUAUCUGGGCGCUGGCCGUGGUGCUGGCCUUCCCCCUCUGCUUCAACUCCACCAUCCGCAUCCUGCCCCGCCGGACCAUAUGCUACGUGGCCUGGCCCCGGCCCUCGGAUGACUCCUUCAUGUAUCAUAUCAUUGUGACUGUGCUGGUGUAUGUGCUGCCCCUAGUGGUGAUGGGUAUCACCUACACCAUUGUGGGGGUGACGCUGUGGGGAGGAGAGAUCCCGGGGGAAGCAUCAGACAACUACCACAGCCAGCUCACAGCCAAGAGGAAGGUGGUGAAGAUGAUGACACUCAUCGUGGUGGUGACCUUCGCCCUCUGCUGGCUGCCGUACCACGUCUACUUCAUCGUGACGGGCCUCAACAAGGCUCUGAUGAGGUGGAAGUCCAUCCAGCAGGUCUACCUGUCAGUGCUGUGGCUGGCCAUGAGCUCCACCAUGUACAACCCCAUCAUCUACUGCUGCCUCAACAGCAGGUAGGAUCCAGCACCUGAGUGCUGUUCAGUAG